AUGGAAAAGCAAAGAACGAGGAAAGAAAAGUUCUCCCUGUUUGGUUCUCGCUCCACCAGCAGGACCACCAACCCUCCUUCGUCAUCCUCCUCCUCUUCCUCCCCUGUGAUGCCUUCAGCCCCGACGUUGAAAAGGACAGAGCGACCGUCCGGCUGCACCCCCCCCGGCCUGAGCAAAGCAGAGUUCCUGGAGCGUGUGCGUCGCAGCAACCAGGCCUGCCAGCAGGGGGAGUACGCCCUGGCUGUGCGUCUGUACAGCGAGGCCCUGACUGCCGACCCCCAAAACUGCAUCCUGUACAGUAACCGCUCGGCCGCCUAUCUCAGACUGGGUCAGUACAGCACGGCUCUGGACGACGCGGUCAAAGCACGUGUCAUCAAUCCCAAAUGGCCCAAGGCCUACUUUCGUCAGGGGGUUGCGCUGCAGUACCUGGGUCGACAUGCCGACGCCCUGGCAGCGUUCGCCUCCGGCCUCGCCCAGGACCCCAAGAGUCUCCAGCUGCUUGUCGGCAUGGUGGAGGCCGCCAUGAAAUCGCCGCUCAGAGACUCCCUUGAGCCGACCUACCAGCAGCUGCAGAAGAUGAAGCUGGACAAGAGCCCGUUCGUGGUCGUGUCCGUCAUCGGUCAGGAGCUGCUGACACACGGUUUCCACGGAGCCUCCGUCGUGGUGCUGGAGGCGGGGCUGAAGAUCGGCACGUGCUCUCUGAAGCUGCGUGGAUCCGUGUUCUCGGCCCUGAGCUCCGCCUACUGGUCUCUGGGCAACGCUGAGAAGAGUAUGGCCUACAUGCAGCAGGACCUGGAGGUGACCAAGACUUUAGGUGACCAGUCAGGUGAAUGCCGCGCCCACGGGAACCUCGGCUCUGCCCUCUUCUCCAAAGGCAGCUACAGAGAGGCGCUGGCCAACCACAGAAACCAGCUGGUUCUGGCCAUGAAGCUGAAGGACAGAGAGGCGGCGUCCGACGCCCUCAGCAGUCUGGGCCACGUGUACACAGCCAUCGGCGACUACCCCAACGCGCUGGCCAGCCACAAACAGUGUGUGCUGUUGGCGAGACAAACCCAGUGCCAGCUCUCUGAGGCCCGGCAGCUCGGCAACAUGGGCGCCGUCUACACGGCGCUGGGAGACUUCACCAACGCCGUUCAGUGUCACGAACAGCACCUGGAUAUCGCAAAGACUUUGGAGAACCGGCGUGAGGAAGCGCGGGCGUACAGCAACCUGGGCAGCGCCUACCACUCUCAACGGGACUUUGACAAGGCCAUUUCGUACCAUACAAGAGUGCUGGAGCUGGCGCAGGAGCAGGCCGACAGAGCCAUCGAGAUGAGGGCAUAUGCCGGGCUGGGGCACGCCGCCCGGUGCAUGCAGGACCUGGACAGGGCGCUUCAGUACCACCAGCACCAGCUAGAACUUGCCAAGGAGCUGCAGGACAGAGCCGCACAGGGCCGAGCCUCUUCCAACCUGGGCAUCAUCCACCAGAUGAAGGGCGAGUAUGAGACGGCGCUGAAGCUCCACAAAGCCCACCUGUCCUUCGCCCAGGAGCUGGGUGACUACGCCGCCCAGGGGAGGGCCUACGGCAACAUGGGCAACGCCUAUCACGCGCUCGGCAUCUACGACCAAGCCGUCCGGUACCACCGGCAAGAGCUGCAGAUCUCACUGGAGGUGAAUGACCGUCCGUCGCAGGCCUCCACGCACGGUAACCUGGCGGUGGCGUACCAGGCGCUGGGCGCUCACGACCGAGCUCUCCAGCACUACCUUCACCACCUGACCAUCGCACGAGAGCUCCGAGACACUCAGAGCGAGGCGAGAGCUUUAGCAAACUUGGGAAACUUCCACAGCUGGAGAGGCGAGUACGCCCAGGCCCUGCCGUACUACCAGCAGUACCUGGCUCUGGCCCCGGGCCUGCAGGACCUGGAGGGAGAGGGGAAAGUUUGCCACAACCUCGGCUACGCUCACUACUGCCUCGGACAGUACAGAGACGCCGUCAGGUAUUAUGAGCAGGACCUGGCCUUGGCUAAGGACCUCCAAGACAAACUCGCCCAGGCGAAAGCGUACUGUAACCUGGGUCUGGCCCACAAAGCGCUGGGGGAGUACAACAAAGCAGAGGAGUGUCAGAGAUACCUGCUCUCUCUAGCUCAAGCCUUGGACAACACUCAGGCCGUCUUCAGGGCCUUUGGGAACCUGGGCGACGUGUGCGUGUGUCGGGGUGACCUCCCCGGAGCCGUGAGGUUCUACCAGCAGCAGUUAACCCUGGCGCAGAAAGUCGGUGAUCGGAAGAUGGAGGCCGACGCCUACUCGGCGCUUGGAUCAGUUCACAGGCUGCUCCGCCAGCUGGACACAGCGCUGUCCUUCCACAGCCAGGAACUGACCCUCCGAAAGGAUCUAGGUGAUCAGCAGGGGGAGUGCCGCGCCCUCGGCCACCUGGCAGCAGUGCACAUGGCCCUGGGAGACUACGCUACAACCUUCCAGUGUUAUGAGGCCCAGCUCGGCCUGGCUCAGGGGCUCAGGGACGCCCGUCUGGAGGCCCAGGUCCACGGCAACAUGGGCAUCACCAAAAUGAACAUGGGGGUGUUUGAGGAAGCGAUCGGCUAUUUUGAGCAGCAGCUGGCGAUGCUGCAGCAGCUGAGCGGGACGGAGAGCAUGCUGGACAGAGGCAGGGCCUACGGGAACCUGGCAGACUGCUACGACACUCUGGGAGACUACGAGGAGGCGAUUCAGUACUGCGAGAAAUACCUGACGGUGGCUCAGAGUCUCAACCACGUCCAGGACCAGGAGAAAGCCUACAGAGGACUGGGCAAUGCACACAGGUCUAUGGGGAGUCUCCAGCAGGCGCUGGUGUGCUUUGAGAAGCGGCUGGUGGUGGCCCAUGAGCUGGGUGGGGAAGGAGGGGGUAAGGCUCAGGCGUAUGGGGAGCUGGGCACCUUGCACAGCCAGCUGGGCAACUACGAGCAGGCCCUCUCCUGCCUGGAGCACCAGCUUAACAUCGCACGCACAGCAGGGGAUAAAUCCCUGGAAGCAGAGGCGAGCGAUGCUCUCGGAGGCGUUUAUCAGCUGAUGGCAGACAACGAGACGGCGCUACAGUGGCACCAGAGGGCGUUGGAUAUAGCAGAGCAGACCCGCUGUGUGAGGAGCCAGGGCCGAGCCUACGGAAACUUGGGCCUGACCUACGAAGCUCUGGGAAACUACGAGCGGGCCGUGGUCUUCCAGGAGCAGCACCUGAGCGUGGCGGCACAGACCAACGAUCUGACAGCUAAAACUCUGGCCUACGGGAGCCUGGGAAGGACACACCACGCGCUGCAGAACUACGCGCAGGCCGUGAUGUACCUGCAGGAAGGUCUGCGUCUGGCGGAGCAGUUAGGGCGCCGGGAAGAUGAAGCGAAGAUACGCCAUCGCCUGGGUCUGUCUCUGUGGGCCAGCGGAAACCUGGAAGAGGCACAUCACCAGUUGUACAGAGCGUCGGUGUUGUUUGAGACGAUUCGUCACGAGACGCAGCACAGCACGGAUUACAAGCUCUCUCUGUUUGAUCUGCAAACCGGCUCGUACCAGGCUCUCCAGAGAGUCCUCGUCAGCCUAGGACGGCACGACGAGGCGCUGGCCAUAGCGGAGCGAGGGCGCACGCGAGCCUUCGCCGAUCUCCUGGUUGAACGGCAGAAAGGAAGUCAGCAGGCAGCGAGCACCGACCCUUACAUCCCCGUGACCGUAGAGCACAUCCUGGAGACGGUCAACGGUCAGAGGGCCAUGGUCCUCUACUAUUCUCUGGCUGGAGGCUUUCUGUACAGCUGGCUGAUAUCUCCAGGAACAGGUAUCGUCAAGUUUAACGAGGUGUAUCUUGGAGAGGCCGGAGGGGAGGUGUCUGAGCUCCAGGAUGGUGGAGGGAGCCCCCAGGGAGGAGGAGGAGGAGGAGGAAGUAGUCCCCUGUCUCUGGACCAGUACAUCUACAACGCUAGAGAGGCUCUGGGGGUGGACAGCCAUUACAGCAGAGUCUGUUCCAGCAGCGAGACGGAGAGCGAAGCCGGAGAUCUGUUGGACCAACAGUUCGAGGAGCUGAACAACAAACUCACCUCAGCCACCGACCCCACCGGCUACCUCCGCAUGGUGUCCAGGAACAACCUCUUCAACAGAAGCUGUCAGAGCAUGACCAGCCUGUACAGUGCCACCGUGUCUCCGGUCAAAGACAGCGUGUCCUCUCCUCCCUGCCGACCCAGUAACAUCAGCAAACCUCCCCUGCGAGCCCUGUAUGACUUGCUCAUUGCGCCGAUGGAGGGGGGUCUGAUGCACAGCAGCGGGCCUGUGGGCCGACACAGGCAGCUGGUGUUAGUGUUGGAGGGCGAGUUGUACCUGAUCCCGUUUGCCUUGCUCAAAGGCAGCUCCUCUAAUGAGUACCUGUAUGAAAGGUUCAGUCUCAUCUCUGUCCCGUCUCUGGGCAGCCUGGGCGCCACAAGCAAGCCUCAUCCUCGCCGUGGCGGCCCCUCACUUUGCACAGACGCAGGUUCAGUGGCUGCGGUGGUCGGAGCUCCUCGCCUGCCCGCCAGCGUGAUGGACCGCUGGUUGUGGGGGCCCCUGCCCUCAGCCCAAGACGAAGCUCUUUGGCUGGGGGAGCAGCUCGGAUGUCAUCCCCUAACCGGAGCGAAUGCCACAAAGGAGCGCGUGCUCGCCGCUCUGAGUCAGGCGGAGUGCGUUCACUUUGCCACUCAUGUAUCCUGGAAGCUCGCCGCUUUGGUCCUCGCCCCCAGCCAGGAGCACGGCGGGGCGGAGGGGCCCGGAAGCCGACCCAAGGAUAAAUCACCGUGUGGGGCGUCGAUCUCGGGCGAGACUGUGGAUCAGGACGGAAAGAUCAGGGGCUCGUUUUCAAAGAGUCACAGCAGCUCAGAGAGACUGAGGCGAGCGGAUGAAACCAGCGAGGACGGGGACAGUGUGUGCGAGGUGGAGAGUGUGUGUGACAGUCCGUCGCUUCAAGACUUCCUCCUCACUGCUGCUGACAUACUGGGCCUGUGUCUGACCGUCAAACUGGUGGUUCUCAGGUUGUACCCGGAGUCCAGCAGCAGGGUGACGGCCGACGGCGUGGUGGGUCUGACCCGAGCCUUCCUGGCCGCGGGCGUCCAGUGUGUGUGUGUCUCUCUGUGGCCUGUGCCGAUCGCUGCCUCCAAACUGUUCACGCACACCUUCUACACAGCUCUUCUCAACGGCACCAAAGCCAGCGCAGCUCUGACCGAGGCCAUGAAGACGCUGCAGAGCAGCAAGCACUUCUCACACCCCUCCAACUGGGCGGGUUACAUGUUGAUUGGAAGUGAUGUGAAGCUGAACAGCCCCAUGUCGCUGGUGGGCCAAGCCCUGGCAGAGAUCCUGCAGUACCCAGAGCGAGCCAGGGACGCCCUCAGAGUGCUCCUGCACCUGGUCGAGAAGUCUUUGCAGCGCAUUCAGAGCGGCCAGUGUAACGCCAUGUACACGUCGCAGCAGAGCGUCGAGAAUAAGGUCGGCGGGGUGCCCGGGUGGCAGGCCCUCCUGUCUGCGGUGGGUUUCCGGUUGGACUUCUCCGGUAGCGGCGCCGGCCUCCCCGCGGCGGUUUUCUUCCCCACAUCGGACCCCGGGGACCGGCUGCAGCAGUGCAGCACCACUCUGCAGUCCCUGCUCGGUCUCACCCCCCCAGCUCUGCAGGCGCUCUGUAAACUGGUCACAGCGUCUGAGGCCGGAGAGCAGCUCAUUCACAAGCUUCACCAAGUGCUGGUGCAGCUGCAGUCAGGCGACAAAGAGCAAGACUUCUCACUGGCUCCCAUUCAAGUGUCGAUAAGCGUGCAGCUCUGGAGGCUUCCAGGCUGCCACGAGUUCCUGGCCGCGCUCGGUUUCGAUCUCUGUGAGGUGGGUCAGGAGGAGGUGGUGCUGAAGACCGGGAAACAGGCCAGCAGACGCACCAUGCACUUCGCCCUCCAGUCUCUUCUGGCUCUGUUCGACUCCACGGAGCUUCCCAAGAGACUGAGCAUGGACAGCUCGUCCUCGCUGGAGUCGCUGUCGUCCUCGCAGUCCGCCUCCCAGCCGCACUCUCUGCCGCUCUCCUUCGGCUGCUACCCGCCUCAGCCCUCCUUCCUGCCCCCCGUCUGCCCGGACAACCUCUCCUGCGACGCCAUCUCCGUCUACAGCCUCAGCUCCCUCGCCUCCUCCCUCAGUUUCCUGUCCCGACCCGAGCCCGCGGGAAGUGACAUCAUCAGCCAGCGCUCGCAUCAACAGGAGCCGGACAGACCUCGCGGCGGGGCGGGCCUCUACGCCUCGCACUGCCACUCAGGCGGCCUGUUACGAGGUCGACUCGCGACUCACGGAGGAGCGGCAGGAGAAGGCGAGGACGAGGAGUACGAGGGUUACUCCAUCAUCAGCAGCGAGCCGUUAGGACGAGGGGGGAGGGACUGUGACACUCUGCCGCUGCCCGCGGGACACAGACACGGCAGAGGCGGUGCUGGGAGAGGAUCUAACGGGGGUCACGGGUAUCCCAUAACAAUUUCCUCCAAGGGAAGCAUCAGCACACCGACAUCCCCCAUUAAAGCUCCGCCGCUGCCCCCGGCUCCACCUGGCCCCAACCUCAGGCAGGAAAUCUCGUCUUCUCAGAGGACUGGGAAAGGGAAGGUGAGCAGCUCCGAGUCGGACCAGUCGAGCACUGAGACGGACAGCACGGUCAAGUCCCAGGAGGAGAGGACGGGGCCUGCGGGACAAAUGGAUCCCCAGGAACUGGCCCAGAAGAUCCUGGAGGAGACCCAGAGCCACAUGCAAGCUGUGGAGAGUCUGCAGAAAGCAAACCUGAGAGGGAAGACACUGCAGAGGCCUGAGGGGAGAGAGCCAUCGCUCUCCACUCCCACAACCCCGACUCUGACUCCCGCUGGAGGGGCACGAGGCUUUCAGCCCUCUGAGACCAGCGCGUUCAGCAGACCGCCCAGCAGAGCCAGUCUGAAAGCGUGCUCCUCUCCCCUCUCUCUCCCCAGUCACCUCUCACCCCUCUCCCCUUCGGUUUCCACACCUCCCCCGACUCGGCCCAAACCUCCAUCCCGCUCCUCUUCGCUGCAGAAGAUCAGCUCCGGCUACAACAGUCCAGCUCACUCCUCCUCCUCUUUAUCCCUCUCUGCGAAGGAGCAGGGUUCGCCUUUCUCCACGGGGUCCCCUGACGUGCACGCGCAGGCUCAGCUCAAACUGAGAUACCCUACCUCACCUUACACCGCCCACAUCUCACCUGCCCGCUCUCCCGCCGGCAGCGCCCCGUCGCCGGCCCUCUCCUAUUCCUCCACAGGAUCCGUCUCAGCCUCGUCCAGCCCCGCAAACACCCCCGAACCGAACCAGUCCAAACAGGAUCAUAAAGUCCAGGCGAUUCAUAACUUAAAAACCUUCUGGGCCAACGCCAGCCAGAAACACGAGGCGCCCUGCGCCGCCAGUUUACUCCGAGGGGGGAAUAAAAAAAUGAGUACAGUUCAGAAGGAUGUUUUGGGUUUGCUGAAUCUCUCGCCCAAACACGAGUCUCUCAGCAAAAACGUAGAAAGAUCCGAGGACCACAACACUGACAGCAGAACAAACGGUCACCAAAAACUGGAGGCUAAACCACCUCCGCCCCCACCUCCACCUUCUACUGCCCCCACAAACUCUAAAGGAGGCAUCAGACUUCCCUCUGGGAACGGCUACAAGUUCCUCUCGCCUGGACACUUUUUUCCUUCUUCUAAAUGUUGAGCGUUUGGGUUUUUUGCCCCCAG